AACUUUGAUAUAUGUUUAUAUCUUUCAUCAAUAUUACUUUUCUUUUUUCGGAUUUCCUUGUCAGUGUUAGAUACGGAUUCCUUUUCUUUUUUCCCCGAUAUCAAGCGGAUUUCUUUUCGGUUUAUACAGUUCGAGUCAAACAAUUGGUAGAAGGAUGUUCAAUUAAAGUCGGAGAAGAAGAAGAAGAAGAAGACAGUGAGGAUGAGGAAGAAGUGGACCAACAGAAAAUGUCAAAGACUAAGAGGUUGCAGCAGCAGCAGCAGCAGCGGAGGGCCAAGUUGGAUUGAGCUGCCUGUGGAAAUCACGAGAAUCGUGUUUGGGCGUUUGAGUUAUUUUGAUCAAAUAUGUUGUCGUAGCGUGUGUAAGAGCUGGCGAGACGUUCCCCCAGUUCCACCCUUAGACCAAAACUGCCUUCCAUGAACCUCCCCUCACUCUCUGUACCAGGAAAAGUUGCUGCGAUCACUUUUGCUCCUCCAAUUGAUCAUGAUUCAUCCACCAUCCAAGUAUUCGCCAUCUCCAUCCUUCACCGCCGCACCUACGAACCCUUCUAUCAGAAUCAUCGCUGCCAGAGCGAGAUCACGGUUGGUACAUGCCAGGCAGUAGUACUAGAUGUAGCUGAUGCGGCAACUAGUAACAGUAGUUAUAGUAAUUGGGCUAUGGAACCAGAACCCAUCUUCCACCCUGCCUUCCAAACAGAGCUCAGCUUGCAGUCGGUGGUGUACUUGAAAGGGAAUUUCUACUGCCUUUUCCAGGAUCUAGUGUUGGCGGGAUUUGAGCUCUCGACGAGACUCUGGCGCUGGCUCGUUCCUCGACCAGUAGAGCCUCGCAAGUCGCACCCCUAGCUGGCGCUGGCCCGCGGGAGGCAUGUUCGAGUUCGGUGGAAAGCUUUUUGUCAAAGAUGGCCUGUAUCGCAACUGUGUGGUAUUUGAUUUCGAUGCCGGAGGGUGGAGGCCUUCAACAGGAGAUGACGACCAUGUUGAUUAUGUGCGGUUCCAGUGCUCGAGCAACAAGACAUCGUACUAUGCUUUGGGAUCGCACAACCUCCCUCGUCCUGCAAAAGAUUCCACCUUUGGGAAUGAUGGUGCUUUCCAAGCUUUUUCCAAAUACCCGACACCGCGCCUGCUGUCUACUACGGCUCCUUUUUAUGACAACCUCUACUCUCUUAGAUCACAUUUCUCUGUUUGGAUUCGUCCUACCUAGCUACUCAAUCGUUAGGACUGAAUCCUGAGAUGGAUGCACGCCAAUGCAGUGCUCACUCAUGGGUGUUAGUUAAAUGCUCUUACGAAUGUACUGCUGGAUUUGGUUGGAUUCCAUGUGUUUGUCAGAGUUAGUUUCAAUCAACUUGUCUUCAUGUUUGCAGUAGAUAACAUGAAGAAUUAGAUUGGAAACAUUUGGCCUUCUUUAGAUAGAUGAAACUUCCUAGCGAGUUCUUUGUUGUUUUACUUUUACUAACCCCCUAAGGGGCAUUUUUUCUGCAGCCAUAUGUAGUUUGAGGGCUGCCAGUUUCCUUUUACUGCUAACUUUUGUACUUUGUAGCCAAAUUCAGUUUGGUUAUAAUUGUUUGAGAAAGAGGGAGGCCUUUAGAUAUGGUGCUUUUAUCACAUCAAAAGUCUUGACCAAUGAGUACGGUACUUAGGUUACAUCAUUUCCAUGAUUUCUUUGUACUUGCUAUCUGGUUGAAAAGUAGUCAAUUAGUUUUUACGUUUUAGGGAUUCUGAAAGUGACAUGAGUAUCUUGUGUAUAAAAUGAAUGAGGUCUUAUGAAAUUAGGUUAGCCCAUUUGGCAAGUGUACAAAGAAUAUUGCAUUAAUUAGUUUGAGUAGAGUUUUUUUCCUAGAUCUCACAUGUAGCCUACUUAUGUCACGAUAAGUAGGGUUUGCUUUUUUGCUCAUGAAUUGAUUUUGGGGUCCAGUAUUGACCUUCCAGUAACUAAAAACAAAGGUUGUAGAAUGGAGAGUGGGGUAAAAAGAAGGGGUUGGAACUUCCCCACUUGCAAUCGGAAGAGUGUGAGAACCGCUAAUGAAUAGUAACUCAAACCUAGACUUUAAUAUAUUAAUUAAUUAAUUAAUAUUAAUAUAUUAAAGUCUAGGUUUGGGUUGCUAUUCAUUAGCGGUUCUCACACUUAAUUAAUAUAUUAAUGGAUCAUUUCACGCAGAGCAUAAGGAAGCAGAGGACUCAAAAGGAAGAUCGUCAGAGGUUGCAGAUUGAGAUUAAGAGUGUUAGGGAAAGUUUGAAAUGUCUGCAGGAAGGGCAUAGCUUAGUACAUAGUGAACUGAAUGAUCUGUGUAGGAGAAAGCAACAAGUACGGGAGCGAAUUCUUGAUCUGAAGAAACAGGUAGCCAGGCGUCCGACCAAAAAGAAAAGGAAAGAAAAACGGAAGAAAAAUUAGCAAGAUGAAUCAACUGCAAUAUUUACUUUGCUGUGACAAGUGGAUGAAAAUUCUAGAGUAAACCCUACUUGGCAUAGGACUUGAUUCUUUGAACGGGGAUAUAAAUACCAAGAGUAACGAGCUGGGGACUAGGGAGCUCUAGGCUGCACCUUAAUUGUCUCCUUUUAUACAAAGAAACAACAAAGUUUAUUCUUUGCUAUGGUGACUUACAAGUAAUCACGAUUUGGAUAAAACGGUAAAUCAUUUUACACAAAUGAUAGACUGGAUGCCACAUUUAUCUUUUUGAAAUGAAAUUACACAAUUACA